AUGGCGCCCGCAACACGAUUAUGCCUCCUCCCGCUGCGACCCAUCACGUCGGCGGCGCGGGGUACCGCCCGAGUUGCCGCCACGACUAACGUUGCUACCCGGUCGAUACAUACCAUCCCCGCCCAGUCAGCUAAAGUCGUCCCGGUAUAUGGCACCGGCCCGCCGCCCGAGCCGCCCCAGCCGAGCGCCGAGUUUGCCGCCGAGAUCGUCCCCGUCCUCACCGACGGCUCCCUCCUCCCGCGCCCGCAAGCCCCCGGCACACGCGAGGUCGUGCAAGGCUGGAUCCUGUCCUUAUCCGCCUUCGAGCUGGCAGCGCUGGAGCGGGCGACGCUGGCGGGCAAGAGCCUGCUGGCGGCAGCGCGGCUGGUGGCGGAGUGGAGCGAGGAAGGGGCGCAGGCGGCUGUCCCUGUCUCUGUUCAGGGAGGGGAAGGGGGGGGUAGGGAGAGGUUUGGAGUGGAGGAGGCGGCGAGGGCGGUCAGUCUCGAGGUGGAGUGGCAGACCAAGAAGUGGGGGGAGGUGGAGGAUACGCAUGAUGUUGAGAAGGAGGAUCUGAGGCGCCAGCUGGGGAGUGCGGUGCUGCUGGUCUCUGGGACUGGGAAUGGGACCGGGCCGAAGAGCGACUGA